AUGACCCCCCCCAUCAAACGCAGAACAACCUACCUCCAAGACCCCGCCACCCCCUUCGACCCCUCCCAAGCCCGUCUCCUCCCCCAGGCUCUGGAGAUCCGGAAUUUACACAGCGCGAAGCAAGAACGGUGGACCGUGUCUGUUGAGGAGUUGUUGGGUGGUGGUGGUGCUGAGGGGUGGGAUGCCGAGGUCCGGGAGCUUUUGGGCAGUGGUGUGGAGCGGUUGAGUGUGCGGUGGGCUUCGGGGGAUGCUGCUGCUGGCGCGGGGGGCGCUGUCACGCCCUUCGCCAGUCGGGUUUCCGGGGGGUUGCAUAAAUCUUUCACUCGGUCCAGUGCAUCCUCUGAGUACCAGUUCUAUUCGCCUUUGGCGUCGUUGGAGGGGUUGGUGGGUUUCGUUCGGGAGAAGGUUUGUACAGUGGCAGGGAAGGAGGGGGCUGGGGCUGAGGCGGAGCGGUGUCGUCGACAGGCCCGGGAGUUGCUCGCUGCGGACUCGGUGGAUCUCGCCUACGACGCUGAAUCGCGCAAUUUGGUGGUGUCCGCGUUCUGGGCGGAUGCGCCGGGGGGCGAGGGGUGGACGGAGGAUCUCCAUGCUCCGGCUGCUGGGUCCAAAGGGAAGAUGGAGGUUGGGUUGCUGGGGGCGGAGAGGACGGCGGACCCUGAGGAGAUCAAGAUGGGUGGGCUGUUGGGGGUGGUUGGAGAGGAUGAGAAGUUGAAGCCGACGUUGUUUUCCUUCGCUUCCAGGCACCAUGCCCUCCCUCGUGAUGCCGUCUUUUCGGUGGGCUUCCCUUUGCCCACGGGCUUACAUCCUACUAUGACCAUUUCCCUAUCGCCCGCCGCGCUGCAACCCCCGGACGCAACCUGUGCCCUGCAUACGUAUCUCACGCUGCCGUCCUACCUCUUCGGCGACAAGUACCAGCUGGGCACCGAGGAUCUGCUGUUCUUGGAUUCGCACCACCUGGUCAAGUUGCAUUCCGUGACGGGCGAGACGGACCUCGAGGCGCCGGACUGGUCUGUGUCUCAGUGGGGUUCGAAUUGGCUGCUCGAGGUCGCUACGCCCCCUGAGGAUCAGUCUCCCGAAAAAUGGAACGUGACCAUUCCGCUUCAUUUGCGUUACUUGGCCCCGUCGGAAAGUGGUUAUCGCUCGGUAGAGGUCCCCUGGCCGGUGGUGUUCUGGGCGUGUGCCGCCAGUGAAGAGUCCAAGAUGCAUUUCAACCCCUUCGACCGUGUGAACCUCGGAUGGGAGAGGCUUUUUGCGCCCCAGACCAUAUUCUACCAGGUGAAUCCAGCUGCAGAACAGGGUCGGCUGGUUGAGGAGAUCAGCGUGCCCGUGCUGAAGGAGAACGGCCUCUUCAACAGCAGGACCAUUGAAUUUGGCACAGUAAUCGCCAUUGUCCUGGGUUCGCUUUGGGUGCUGUGGAAACUCGGCGCCGUGAUGCGGAGCUCUGGCGCCCGCACAAGGGUAGAGAGCCAGAAGAAGUCCCAGUGA